UGGUGUAUUGUAGUGGUGUUUCGAAAUACUGUGCGUCCGAAAUCAUUGAUAUCCAAGAUAUCUCUUCCAAAUUCUGGUGCAUGCUCAGCAGAAAGAUAUUGAAGAUUGCAUUGCAGUUUGCUCGUGGUCGUUCGAAAAUGGCAGCGAACGGCCAAAGUUUGGAUUUGGAGCGAUUGGUCAGGCCGAAUAUCCUUAGCCUCAAGCCGUACAGAUGUGCUCGCGAUGAGAACAAAGGCAGAGAUGGACUGUUCAUGGAUGCUAAUGAGAAUGGUUACGGUUCAUGCAUACCCGUUGCGGGAGAGCUGCACCGAUAUCCUGACCCGUAUCAGGUAGAGUUGAAGACCAGGAUAGCUGCAUUCCGGGGCGUUGCUGCCGAUCAAAUCUUCCUCGGCGUCGGCAGUGAUGAAGCUAUCGACAUGAUCAUCCGCGUCUUCUGUGCGCCAGGGCAGCAUUCGAUUUUAGUCACGCCGCCCACGUACGGCAUGUACAAGGUUUCGGCGGCCAUCAAUGAUGUCAGCGUGCAGUGCGUUGACUUGACGCCGGAGUUCCAGCUGAAGGUGGAAGAGGUGCUGGAUGCUGUGGUCGAGGAGACAAGGGUCAUAUUUCUCUGCUCACCGAACAACCCAGCUGGCGAAACACUGCAUACUGCCGACAUUCGUAGAAUUCUAGAAUCACCACGCUUCACCGGAGUCGUUGUCAUUGACGAGGCGUAUGUUGACUUCUCAGCACGGGGAAGUCUUGUUACGCUGGUGGAUGAGUUUCCCAGACUCAUUGUCAUGCAGACUCUGUCCAAAUCGUUUGGCUUGGCCGGUAUUCGUCUUGGCUGGGCGAUCGCUCACCGCUCCAUAGUGUCCAUAUUCAACAACGUAAAAGCACCGUACAACGUUUCAAGGCUGACAGCUGAGAUGGGACUAAAGGCCAUGAGUGAAGAGGGUGUUAGUGCUAUGAAAGACACUGUAGCCAAGAUUGUUGAACACAAACAGGCCAUGAUAGCAGAACUGGAAGGCAUGCAAGGAGUUCUCAAGGUGUACCCGACGGAUACAAACUUCAUCAUGAUACAGGUAGCUGCCGCAGAGGCACGCGGCGUUUACAAUAGGCUCGCCUCGGAGCGCGGCGUGGUGAUCCGCUACCGCGGCGACCAGACUCACUGCACCGGCUGCAUGCGAAUCACAGUCAGCAAAGCGGACGAGAAUCGCCGCGCUCUCGACGCACUGGCUGCCGAGCUAAAACUCCUGGCAAGUGAUGAGCCGGAAGCCAAGCGUGCAAACUGACGUCCGCGCGGUGUUCAACUUGCGUGCUCUUAUUUUAUUUCCUGCUUUGCCCGUAUCCCACUAUGCCUCCAGCCGAGUCUCAUGCGAACCGUGAAUUUGUUUUGCCCGUAUCUUUUCCAAGUUCACCUUAACUCUGUGUGCUUGGUGUUCAGCGAAACGCAUACCCUCUACGCCCCUUGCUAGUGAGCACUUUUAUCCUGUUAUCCAUCGGGUAUAUCAGAAAUAUUUUCUUAUUUUACUCUCUUCUAGAAAUCCAGACGUAUUUUGAACUAUUUUCUGCUCCUUGCCUCCUAUUUAUUUUCUACCUUUUUGCGUGUAAUCUUAUUACUUUUGCAAACCGUGUUUGCCUUUUCCCUUUUAUUUAACCAGCCCUGCUGCACCUCAUGUCUUCUUCUUCUUUCGUGAUGAGUUGCCAGUCAAGCCCGGAGCUUGGCCCUCAUCAUUGUCAGAUUUUUAGACAGUCUCCAACUCCCUGUCGAUUUUAGUGGCCGCUCGAUGCAGACGACUAGCUCUCCUCCAGUCGUGAAUUUUCUCCACUUUCUUUCUGAUGCAUAAUGUUUUGUGCACACGGACAUACACACACACACACACACACACACACACACACACACACACACACACACACACACACACACACACACACACACACACACACACACACACACACACACACACAUACACACAAACAGUUGCACAGUUACUAGGAUUCCAUUAAUUUUGAUAGGUUUCACUAGCUUUUUUUCUAGACUUCUAGAUAGUUUAGCACAUCUACAUGUAGCAGUCUGUGAGCAGCGUGCGUACAUGACGAAUUGACGAUUAUGAUUGAAGUCUCCUGCA